CGGUAGCCGUGGCUCUGUCCUCUCUCCUAGGGGUCACACGCAGGCGUUGCUACGCUGCGGUGUGUUAGCAUAGCAUAGUUACCGGGCGGUAGAGAGCAGCAGCCUGUUGUUUAGACGUUACGGUGCAGACAGACAGACAGAGGACGCAGCUGCUGUCACAUGCUGGAUGAAGCUGAACCUGCGGGGAUGAGGAACUGAGCUUUAAGUCGUCAAAUGGGAAACGCUUCUUAAGAAACAGUGAAAACAGCUGUUAGUGUUAUAAAUUAGAAGAAGUUGAGGUCCACGCGGACGCAACCGUUGGAGCUGGAGCACGUUCGAAUAUCGUUACCUGGGAGACCGUAGUUACGACGACGGAUACACUCUAAUAAAUACCAACAUAUCUAGAAUAAAGCCUCCACGAAGAAUAAAGAAGUUAAAUUAAAACAACGACACUAAGAAGAAGAAGACGAGGACUGAAGCAGCAGCAGCAUGGUUACCACAAACGGAGCAGGUUUGAACCCCAAUGCUAAAGUGUGGCAGGAGAUCCCUGCCCACCAGAUUGACGUCCCAGAGGGGACUGAGGAUUCUCCUUGCCCGCUGACCUGCCCUCCUCUCGCUGAGAUGACCGACGGUUACGCAGACGUUCCCUCUUCUGGGGGAAAAGGAUACGAUGCUGAAUACCCUGACAGCACUGCUGACUGCGCAUCUGUACCGACAGAGGGCCUUGUGAAUGGCACUGACCACCCUGACUUGGGGUAUUUAGUCUUUGACCCACCGUGCGAAUCAGCCAUAGAUGGUGAUGCUGCUAAGGAACAACCGAUGUCUGAGGAGAGCCUGAGAGAGUCUUUGAAGAAACAGCUCGAGUUCUGCUUUUCUAGAGAGAACCUGUCUAAGGACCUGUACCUGAUAUCCCAGAUGGACAGUGAUCAGUUUGUUCCCAUCUGGACCAUUGCUUGCAUGGAGGACAUCAAAGCCCUUACCACUGACAUGGACCUCAUUCUGGAUGUAUUGCGAGGCUCUCCCAUGGUGCAAGUUGAUGAAACCGGAGAGAAGGUUCGGCCAAACCACAGUCGCUGCAUCAUUAUUCUGAGAGAGGUGCCAGAGACUACACCAGUUGAGGAAGUGGAGGCUCUUUUUAAGAGUGAAAACUGUCCAAAAGUGUUAAGUGUUGAGAUUGCACACAACAGCAACUGGUACAUAACAUUGCAGUCAGAUAUGGAUGCACAACAGGCUUACAGAUACCUAAGAGAGGAAGUGAAAACUUUCCAGGGAAAACCAAUCAUGGCCCGCAUUAAGGCCAUUAACACGUUCUUUGGUAAGAACGGCUUCCGCAGUGUGGACUCAGGUGUGUACAAUCAGCAUGCCCAACCACAGGCUCAGUAUGGCUCCCCGGUCUACAUGCAGCAGGCGUACAGCCCUCAGCAGCAGUACCCUGUAUACCCCGUGGUGUCUCCCUCCUGGAACCCUUCCGUCAUGCCUUACUUUGAAACACCACUGGCACCUUUCCCACACAGCGGAUUCAUGAAUGGUUACAGCAGUCCUGGGAACUACGAAGCAAACUCAAGCUCCAUCAGCACCCAUCAACCUAUGAGCGGGAACCGAAACCAUGUUAAGGGUCACCCUAGGCCUGGAGACGUGCCCCCUUCUUCUUCAAUGGCCCCGGGGACCCUGAUGGACAGCCUGACUGGUCGCUUGAGUCCACGGCCCCUCCAGACAUCAGGGACGCCGACUGGCACCACUUCAGCGACAACCCCUCUACUCUCCUUCAGCCUUAAAGACACUUCUCCACAGGCUACCAUACCCAGUGGAUAUCUGAGCGGGGCUGCACGUGGCAGGAGAGGUAGCAGCAGAGGCAUGAGGAGGAAAAGAGAAGACGAACAUAACAUGAGGCCCGUUCCUGUGAUGGAGGUGCCUCCUCCACCAAAGUUUGACCUGGCAGCUUCCAAUUUCCCUCCUUUGCCGGGAUCUGUGGUCAGCACGCGGGGAGAAACUAUGCCAGAGAUGCGCCUUUCUGAUGUUGUGCGUGGCAUAAAGGUGACCAACAAGCCUACGAGCCAAGACGUUAACAAGACCCGACACACAAACGUCUCUGAAGAUGCUUUAAAAAAGCCAGAUUCUGUGACCCCAGUUGCUAAGCUUGCUCCUGUGACGCCGCUCACAGUGGUACCACCAAGUGUUUCUCCUCCAGUGAAAGAAGAGGAUAAGGCUGAACCUCCUACUCCAAAGGAAGAAAUCCCCUUGCAGGCUGCCUCCCCAACAGCCUCUGAAGCGGCUCCCACCACCUGCAACCAGUCUGUCUCCACAGAAGCACCUUCUCCAUCUCCCCAAACUCCAACAUCUCCAACAUCGGACCUGGGGGAAAGAAAGCUCAGCUAUGCAGAGGUGUGCCAGAGGAUGGCCAAGGAGCCGCCACCAGCACAGACGCCCUCUCCCUCCUCUCCCGCCUGCUCAGCCAGCCAACCCCUGCAAGAGCUCAAGGUCAACAGGGUUGAGGAGCCUCGGCCCAACUCCAGGCGCACUACAGACAAAGCAGACAAACCCAGAGACGGCCGCCCUCCUCGUCAACCGUUACGCUCCUUCAGAGGAGCGAACGGCCAAGUCCGAUCCGCAGGGCUGAAGGCUCGGGACCAUCAGAGAGGCCUGAAUACUGGCAAACCGUUUUCCCCACACCGGGGAGCCAGACACAGUGGCAAAGAACAAAACAUUCCCCCACGGUCACCAAAAUAACUGAAGAAAAAGGAACCUAUAAAUCAUGAACUAAAACAGAAAUUUAUAUAUAUGUAAAUAGACAGAAUAUAUUUCAUUUGGCAUACUUUUUCAAAGAAUCCAAAUAUUGUUGCAGACCUGAAAUUAUUUAGAAAGACUGUAAAUAGAUAUCCCUUUUUUGGAUAAUACAUAUAAUCUGCUGACUUGAAAAAACAUACUUUGCUUAAAGUAAUAUUAACAUGAUGUUCCCAAAAGAUGCCUCCAUAAAUGGGCUGAAUCUGUAGUGUGUGUGUGUGUGUGUGUGUGUGUGUGUGUGUUUAAGAGGGAGAAAGAGGGAUCUUGUUACUUUUAAAUAUAAGGUAUUCUAACAUUUAGUAAGCGCUGUCAACCUCCAAAAUGACGAAUGAGGCACAUUUGAUUUCUCUCUGAGCGGUUAUUGUUGGCAGGUGAUUCAUCUUGAGCUUUUUUAUCUAAUUUGUUUUGCAUUGAAAUCAAGGAUAUAUGAUUAUAUACUGUAUGAAAUGGAAGAUGUUGAAUCCCCGGCAGAAUAAUAGAAACAGUGGGGUGUGUGAUUAACUACAGGUUUGAACUUUGAGUAGCAAUGUUUUGAAGAAUUUAAAUUAUUUAUGUAGAAAUUAUUUCCAAAUGAUGCUAGCGAAUAUGACAUGGAUUUCAGACCAUUGAGUCGUGUAAUGUUUAUAAUCCUUCAAUGUUUUCGCAGUAGUUGUCUUUGUGAUGCAGAAUUACAUCAGUACUACUAACAUUUGAAAUGAGCCCUGUAUUCUUACUAGAGUAGAUCUGCUUAUUUUGUCGUUGUGGCAGGAUUUAAUCAGUGAUUUAACUCCUGUGCAAAUAUGUAUGUCUUGUAAAAAUUGUAGAGCAUGAAAACUCAUAGUUUUCAGCCAAAUAACCUACUGUUGCUGAGGGUUGUUAGACGUGAGCAGGAGCAGAAAGACUGUCUCUGUGUUUUAUCAGAUGUCCUUAAUGCUGGUGUGUGUCUCUCACAGCAAGAUUACUGGGUUUGAUGGCUAACUUUUAUUUCAGGCCUGGCUGGUUCUGUCUUUUCAGUUUCAGGAAAGGUUUUUAGAGUAGGAUGGUAGAUCUUGAAGAAUAAGGUGUCCUUAACUGGUGACUAGCAUGUGAAUUAUUAAAACAUAUUGGAUGAUGUGAGGAACCUCAGGAAGAGAAAUCGGAUUUUCUUCCACAAUAGAAUUUUGUGGCCUCUUGCUGAUUUAACGUAGCGAUUUGAUGGUUGAUGCCUUGGCCAGUGUCUAGACUUGAUUCUGUUACAUUGCCUGCGUCAUCAGUUUUGAUUGGAUGCAUUAGGGCUUCAGACGAAUGUAGUCCUUUUGGCAUAAAACCAAGCUUGAUUUUGGUAAAUGUCUAUAUGUAGUACAUUUCCUUAAGCGUGUGUAUAUACAGAUUUCUUUUUGAUCCAGGUUCUUAAUGUACUUGUUUAUCCUGCUGUAGACGAGUUUCCUUUUCUGUAAUUGUGUUUUUCUUCUCAUGUUAUUCAAUGUUUGUGUAAUAUUAGUAAAUUGGUGUGUAGACUGAUCUGAGAAAAGCUACUUGGUUAUUGACAACUGAACUGGAUACUGAUCAGCCACUCAUGGCUCAACAAUGAGCAGAACAAGCCUGUACCUGUGGUGGUAUGAAUUAGUGAAAUGCACUAUCCUUUUAUCACAAGACUUGAGUGCAGUGUACAGUAUUUUGUCUUGUUAUCAGUAGUAGUUCAGUUGUCUCCUGUGUAUUCUGUAUAUCAUGUCUGUGUACGUGUGUGUGUGUGAGAGAGAGAGAGAGAGAUAUAGCUUCUGCUUCAGACUACAUGGAACUAUUAUCUUAAACCAAACAUCCAGUGCCUUAAGAGUGUUUCAUUUCAGUAUAAAGAGUGCAAGAGUUGUGAGCACAUCAAUUUGUCACACUGAACGAGGCUGUUUAGUUGGUCGUCAAAAUCCAACAUUAUCCGUUUAUGACACUCGGAGACACUAGAUCCUACUCGAUGUUAAUCUCGGUGUAUUUUAGGUUUAGCUGCAGGGCUGGUUGGAAUGGAGUUUAGUGUGUGUGUGCAUGCUUGUUUGUCCAUUACGUGUCUGAUCCAGUUUAUUUUGUUAUCUUGUCAAUACAAUUUCAGUCUUAUAACAGAACUCUGCUUAUAACUCACAAUCAAACAUUGCAAUUUUCAGCCAAGUACACACUGGUUUAUUAAGUGAUUGUUAUUGUUGAGCCUGAGGUAUGGAAAUAAAGAUUUAUUUUUAAACAGUG